CGAGGGCAGCGCGGGCCGCCGCCACCCCCGCCCCGCGCCGCCCGCGCGCAACAGUUCCCCCAAAGUUGCAGCCCGACAGGCGGGCUGCCGGCCGGGAACGCAGCAUCGUGGCGGCAUGGGCACCCGGCAGACCAAGGGCAGCCUGGCGGAGAGAGCCAGCCCCGGCGCAGCGCCCGGUCCCCGCCGCGAACGGCCCGACUUCUGGGCGUCGCUGCUGCUGCGCGCCGGGGACAAGGCGGGGCGCUCGGGCGCCGGCGCGGGGCUGCCCCCCUACCACCGGCGCGUGGGCAUGGUCCAGGAGCUGCUGCGGAUGGUGCGCCAGGGCCGGCGGGAGGAGGCGGGGACGCUGCUGCAGCACCUGCGCCAGGACCUAGGCAUGGAGUCGACCUCGCUGGAUGACGUUCUGUACCGCUAUGCCAGCUUCCGGAACCUGGUGGACCCCAUCACACACGAUCUCAUCAUCAGCCUGGCCCGCUACAUCCACUGUCCCAAGCCGGAAGGCGAUGCACUGGGCGCCAUGGAGAAGCUGUGCCGGCAGCUGACUUACCAUCUCAGCCCCCAUUCCCAGUGGAGGCGGCACCGGGGGCUGGUGAAGAGGAAGCCGCAGGCCUGCCUCAAGGCUGUCCUGGCGGGGAGCCCUCUGGACAACACGGUGGACCUGUCGGGCAUCCCGCUGACCUCCCGUGACCUGGAGCGGGUGAGCAGCUACCUGCAGCGAUGUGGGGAGCAGGUGGACAGUGUGGAGCUGGGCUUCACAGGCCUCACAGAUGACAUGGUCCUACAGCUACUGCCGGCACUCAGCACACUGCCCCACCUCACCACACUGGCCCUCAAUGGCAACCGGCUGACUCGAGCCCUGCUGCGUGACCUUACCGACACCCUUAAGGAUCCCAGCAAGUUUCCCAACGUCACGUGGAUUGACCUAGGCAAUAAUGUGGACAUCUUCUCAUUGCCCCAGCCCUUCCUGCUCAGCCUGCGCAAGCGCUCCCCAAAGCAGGGCCACCUACCCACCAUCCUGGAGCUGGGCGAAGGCCCAGGCAGUGGGGAGGAGGUCCAGGAUGGGACAGUGGGUCAGGAGGACCCUGGAUGGGACCUUCUGGCUCCUGCCAAAGACCAGGAGGGCAGGGAGACUGCAGCUGCAGCUCAGACGUGACAUGGAAGUGGGGCCCUCACCAGGGAGUCUCUGGGGUAGGAUGGCUUGAGGCAGACUAGGGGCUACCAGGAGGCUCAGGCUAUAACCCAAUACUGGCCUGAGCAGCCCCACCCACGGGAAGCCCAGAGUGUAGCACCUGCAAGAGGGGGAUUGUGUAAUACUUCACUCCACUUCCCCCCUUGUCAACUCAUUAUCUGCCUUCUGGCUCCUGAGAAGUCAUCCCUGGCUCUGGACAUCAGCCCUCAGCCUCCCCAGAAUUAAGAGUACAGCGCAUAGGUUACUGAUGCUGGAAGUUUGAGCUGUGAAUGGUAUGUGUGAGCUCUACUCCAGAAAAGGGUGUAGUUGGGGCCAUACAUACAACCCAGGACUUUGAAAUCUGUGCUCCUGUACAAGUCAGGUUGUAAUCUUCCUACCCUAACUCCUGGCUGAAGGAGGUUGGGAUAGGCGGAUGGGCUGCCAGACUCCAGAAGCCUGGUCUCCACGUGGACUGAAGGCUGUCUACCUCUUUGUGGAGCCCUGGGCUCCUGUUAAGUGACUUCCCUCAAACCCAUAAUUCCAGGGGCCUAUCCAUGGAACCAACACCCCUAUCAACACACAGCAUCCUAGGAUGUCUGGGUCAGAUGGUACCCACACAGGUAUGCAGAUAGGCCUACUCAAACCCCACCAUUCCCCUGCCCCAGUCUAUCAAACUUUAACAUGGAUUCCACUGUUGCUUGUGUAUAGGCUUCCUUUUAUAAAGAGUUAAGGACCCCUUUCCCAUAAAAUUCCUUCUAAGCUCCUCCAAUAAGCCUUGAUACUUUGAGCAUUCACAAAACCAACUUGAAUUAGGAUGAGGUUGACAGUACUUUCUACACACUUGGCAGAUUUAGUGCCUCAAGAAAGGUGGAAGAACUGGGAGUAAGCAAGGUUUUAACUCUCCCUUACCCAAGGCCUACCAGUUUAAAACAAUCCCUCCUAGGCACGAUAAGCAAGACCUAGACCCAGGAAUACACAGCAAGUCCAUAGAGGUUGGGAACCAAUCUUGAGGCAGAGAAAAAUCACUUCCAGUGCCUGAAGGUGGUGAACCUCAGGCAAACAGAAAACUGGAAACAGCCUGACAGGCCUCUAAGUAGGCAAAAUCCCAACACAGGAAGGCAGCAAGACUGGGGUCUUGCCUGUCACUGCUUAAGGAUUUGGCGAGGCAAGCAGGCCAGAGGGAACAGGGACCAGACUCAAGUGUAUGGAUGCCUUAAAUUCUUUGGAAUUUUUGCCCCCCAAAUCUGAAGUUAUGGAGAGGACAGCUUAAGACUG